UAUUUCUCUGAUCUGAAAGUCUUUUUCGUGUUUGCCAAGUGACUGCAGCGUCCUCUUGUCCAGAUUGCGCUUGUCUAUUUUCGUCCAGGUUCGGAACACGUCCGAAAGUUGGCCGACGGCGUCUUGACGAGGCUGGCGCGUGACGUCAGGAGAAGGCGUCACGUGACCGAAAAGCCCCAAAGUCGCGCGGCGUCCCCCUCUGAUUUGGCGACGUCGUCCCGCGCGCGGCCCCGCGUCAGCCCGUCACACGUCCGAGUUGUGAGGCCGCACAAGUGUCGAGUUGCCCUCUCGUCAAGGCACGAGGGUCUCGCGGCCCGGGCGGGAGCGGCCGUAGGAGCCGCGGCGCCGGUCCCGGAGAGUGAGCGGAGCCCCCGCCUCGCCUCGCCUCGCCUCGCCUCGCCGCGCCCUCCGCCCCGCGUCCGAAGCUCCGAGUGGGCGGGGAGACGCCUCGCAGUCCCGACGAGGAAGACUUGAGUUGAGAGCGUGAGAGCCGAGCCUCCGCGCGGAGGGAGGACACUUUUUCCACAGCCCAUAUGCUCGCUCGCCUUGCGGCACUGUCGCCGACCUCGCGCGUUCGACGCCGACUACGACGAGGAAGAGGAAGAGGAAGAGGAAGAGGAGAGCGGCGGCGACGACGUUUAGGCGACCCAGCGAGGUGCUCGGACGUGUGCCGCUCGGCUUCCUCGAGUAGACUUCGGAGCGACCACUUUUUGGGGGGUGGGUUUGUUUGCUAGUUUGUUUUGUUGGGCGCGGGUGAGAGUCGACGCUUCCGACGAGGCGGCUCCGCGCCGAUGUCGACGCCCUGAGCGGCGCCUGGACCUCGGCCGGCCGAGCCGCCGCCGACUUUGUCGGGCAUGCAGGUGAAGAAGUCGCGCCGGAGCGCCCGGGACGACAUGCCGCCGGCGGACGCCCCCCGCAAGAAGUCGUCGUGCUUCUCCAAUAUCAAGAUAUUCCUCAUUUCCGAAUGCGCCCUCAUGUUGGCCCAGGGGACCGUCGGAGCUUACCUGGUGAGCGUCCUGACCACGCUGGAGAGGCGCUUCAACCUGCAAAGCGCCGACGUGGGCGUGAUCGCCAGCAGCUUUGAGAUCGGCAACCUGGCGCUCAUCCUCUUCGUCAGCUACUUCGGGGCCAAGGCGCACCGGCCCCGGCUGAUCGGCUGCGGGGGCGUGGUCAUGGCCCUCGGCGCCCUCCUCUCGGCGCUGCCCGAGUUUUUGACCAAGCAGUACGAGAUCGGCGACACGUGGAGGACCGAGGCGGGGCGCGACGUGUGCUCCAACGCCAGCGGCGCCGAAGUCCAGUCGGCCGAGGACGCCGCGUGCGCCAACCGCAGCAACACCAACAUGAUGUACCUGCUCCUGAUCGGGGCCCAGGUCCUGCUCGGCGUCGGGGCCACGCCCGUGCAGCCUCUGGGGGUGUCUUACAUCGACGAUCACGUCAAGAAGAAAGACUCCUCCCUCUACAUAGGAAUCCUCUUUUCCACGCUGGUCUUCGGGCCCGCCUGCGGCUUCAUCCUCGGUUCCGUCUGCACCAAGUUCUACGUGGAUGCCAUCUUCAUCGACGCCGAUAAGCUGGGCAUCAGCCCGGAAGACCCGCGGUGGAUCGGCGCCUGGUGGGCGGGCUUCCUCCUGUGCGCCGCCCUCCUCUUCUGCUCGGCGCUGCCGAUGUUCGGCUUCCCUCAGUCGCUGCCCUGCGAGGACGGCGAGGAGGCUGCCGACAGCGAGCGGGCCAUGCUGCCCCCCGCCCCCCCGGCUCCAAACCCGGAGGCUCCCAAGCCCGGCGACGGCGCCCGCCGGCCCGCCGCCGGCCCCACCUGCUGCCAGCAACUCAGGGUGAUCCCCAAGGUGACCAAACACCUGCUGUCCAACCCGGUGUUCACCUGCAUCGUCCUGGCCGCCUGCAUGGAAAUCGCCGUGGUGGCCGGCUUCGCCGCCUUCUUGGCCAAAUACCUGGAGCAGCAAUUUAACCUCACCACCACCUCGGCCAACCAGCUGCUAGGUAUGACGGCCAUCCCCUGCGCCUGCCUGGGCAUCUUCAUGGGAGGCCUGCUGGUGAAGAAGCUCAACCUGUCGGCGCUGGGAGCCAUUCGCAUGGCCAUGCUGGUCAACCUGAUCUCCACCGCCUGCUACGUGUCCUUCCUCUUCCUGGGCUGCGACACGGGCUCCGUGGCGGGCGUCACCGCCAUCGCUCGCAACAAUACGCUGCAGGUGGGCAAGAGGCCCGAGGCGCCGUGCAUCAAUCGGUGCAACUGCUUCACGUCGUCCAUCAGCCCCGUGUGCGGCUCGGACGGCGUCACCUACCUGUCGGCCUGCUUCGCCGGAUGCACCCGCGCCGUCGGGCAGAACCUGAGCGGAUGCGCUUGCGUCUCCCCCGAGAGCGAAUUAGCCACGGCGGUUGCGGGCAAAUGCCCGACGGCCGGCUGCCAGGAGGCCUUCCUCAUCUUCCUGUGCAUCAUCUGCUUGUGCAGCCUGGUGGGCGCCAUGGCCCAGACGCCCUCCGUCAUCGUUCUCAUCAGGACCGUCACCCCCGAACUCAAGUCGUACGCGCUCGGCGUCUUGUUUCUCUUGCUGCGACUCUUGGGCUUCAUCCCGCCGCCCCUGAUCUUCGGGGCGGGCAUCGACUCCACGUGCCUGUUCUGGAGCUCGGACUGCGGCGACAAAGGCGCGUGCCUGCUGUACGACAACCUGUCGUACCGCCGGCUGUACGUGAGCCUGGCCAUCGUCCUCAAGGCGGUGGCCUUCCUCCUCUACGCCACCACCUGGUUCUGCCUCCGCCGCAACUACGACGCCUACAUCAAGAGCCACGAGGCCAACGUGGCGCCCGCCGACUUCUACCCGUCGCUCUCGGAGGCCCCCAAAGCGGACAGGACGCAGUUCAUAUAUAACCUGUCGGACCACGAGUAUUGCGAAACCAUGGAGUCGGUUUUAUAGGAACCGCUUCAAGCGCGCCGGAUCCGGAUCCUCUGGCCGAGGAACCCCUUCGUCCCGCGUCCGAUUGAACGGCGAUGAACCGCCGCCGGCCAAUUCGCCAUCCCCAACGCGCGGUUCCGUCCGUGGCUUUUUGGCCCGCGUCGCGCCAGUCGGGCGGCCGGGCGAAAACGUUGAGCCCGGAUUUCCAUGGGAAGUCAAGAUGGGUCAUUUUGGAAAUAUAGCGGCACAUUUGUCUUUUUAACCCGUCCAACGUUAUUCACGCGAAAACUCGGCGGUUUCAUUUUGGUGGCAGCAAGGAAGUAUGUCGACGUGCGUCGAGAGAGGCAGAAAAUCCUCCCUCCACCUUUCCGAUGGCUCGCGAGGUGACGCCGAAGCGCGUGCUUUGCCGCCGCCUGGCGGCAACUGCGGCCACUCACAAACUUUGGGGGUUUGCGAAUGCAUUCCGAUCCAAUCAAAUCAUCCAACCGUCAUCUGAAUCAAUUCCCGAUUUAAUCCCGACAAUUCCAUGACUUCCUCGUGAUUUCCAUGGAAAUCUUCCGGUGUCAAAAAUGGCCAGGAGUGUGCAACCCUCAGCGCUAGGCGGGCGAGCCAGAUGAAGAUGACAAAAACCUUCCCGGCUUAGGUCAUUGUGUCCUGGACUCAACGACAGUAGUUUCCACAUUCGUACAGCUUUGUCACGGUUGCAUUGCAGCGCUGGACGUGGUGUGUGUGUGUGUGUGUGUGUGUGUGUGUGUACACGGUGCACUCUGAUCAAGGAGUAUCAGGGCCACGUGCAAAUAUGACCUCAAUUAGUUGUAACGCAACCAGAAUAAAGUUGAAAUAUUACAAGAAU